CUCACGUCUCACGUCCUUCCGUUGAGCGGCAAUUGUAGGCCUGCCUUUGUGAUCCGCGCGUCGCGAAGACAGCCCAAGGACGAGGAGACUGUCGCCAGAGCAGGGCAAAUAGCACCAUGUCGGCCUCCAUUCCCGGCAGGCGCGAGCUGCCCGAAUCGCAGUAUGACCUUAGCACGUAUUGGGGCCGCGUGCGACAUAACGCUGGCAUUACAGAUCCGAGGACCCUUCUCGUGGGCAAAACCGGACUCGAGCAGGCCAAGCAGGCCAUCAUGUUGUACAAGCAAGGCCAUACGAAGGAGAUCACACCCGACCUAUGGAAGGCAAAGAAGGUCGUUGACUCGACAUUACACCCCGAUACCGGGGAGGCUGUCUUCUUGCCAUUUCGGAUGUCCUGCUUCGUACUCUCGAACUUGGUCGUCACUGUGGGCAUGUUGACGCCAGGUCUUGGGACAGCAGGCACGAUCGGAUGGCAGGUAGCCAACCAGUCCCUGAACGUGGCGAUCAACUACUCCAACGCCAACAAGUCGUCGCCCAUGUCGACGUGGAAGAUCGCGCAGUCCUACCUCCUCGCCGUGGGGGCGUCGUGCUCCGUGGCCGUGGGCCUCAACAGCCUGGUGCCGCACCUCCGGCGGCUCUCGCCGUCGACGCGCCUCGUGCUCGGCCGCCUCGUGCCCUUCGCCGCGGUGGCGAGCGCGGGCGCGCUCAACGUCUUCCUGAUGCGCGGCGAGGAGAUGCGCACGGGCAUCGACGUCUUCCCCGUCCUGUCGGCGGCCGACAAGGCCCGGCUCGAGGCCGAGGGCCGCGCCGAGGGCGACGUGGCCAGCAUCGGCAGGAGCAAGAAGGCCGCGACCCUGGCCGUGGCCGAGACGGCGCUGUCGAGGGUCCUCAACAGCUCGCCCAUCAUGGUCAUCCCGCCGCUGGUCCUCGUCAGGCUGCAGAGGACCGAGUGGCUGAAGCGCAACCCCAGGUUGACGCUGCCCCUGAACCUGGGCCUGAUCCUGGCCACGAGCUACGCCGUGCUCCCGCUGGCGCUGGCGGCCUUCCCGCAGCGCCAGAGGGUCAGCGCCGAGUCGCUGGAGGAGGAGUUCCACGGCCGGGGAGGGGAGGGGGGCAUGGUGGUUUUCAACCGGGGGAUCUAGGGAGGAGGGAGGCAAAAAAGACGAGGGAUCGAACCAUCUAAACUCUACAUGUGCUUUAGGCUGAGCAUUUGGUUUUAACGCAUGGCUUGGAGUCCUACGGGCUGCUGAUUGGCGAUAUGCACUUUGUCAUCUUUUCUUACAAAGAUCAUUCCGGUAACCUGGUUCAUCCGGCAGGGCAGGGAAGAGCCUCAGUGGGGUU